UUCCCCCCGCGCGCUGAUUGCUGUGGCUUCUUGCCCGUUCCCCGCCCGCGUGUGUGUGAGGGAGAGCGAGUACGCUGGGUCGGCCCGAUGGGGGUAAUCGAGGGUUCUGAGGACGCCGAGUGGCGCUUUCCUCCUCCCAGUGAGUGAGGAAGGGAAAUCGAAGACUCUCGUGCCGGACCACUUUCCCUGAGCGAUCCCGGGGUCUCCCUGCAGGAGGUGAAAGUCCCGCGGCGAGUCCGGAUGGCGUAGUUGCGCCGCCGCGCAGCAGCUGCCGGAGGUCGCCGCUGCAGAGCGCUGGGCGGAGAAACUUUCCUCUGCUUUUCUCCAACUUGCCGCGGGUGGAUCUCCGCUUGACACACUGCCUCUGAGACUAUUUGAAAAUUGGAAAGAGGAGAUUUUAAAGCCACUUCUGAUUUGCUAAGACUACAGUCUGAACAACUGAAUGAGACACACAGUUAGAGAAAUAAAAAUGACUUCUGGUUAUGUGAUCGCCAUGUUUGCCCUGAUGAGUUCCUGUUCAGCUACUGCAGGUCCAGAGCCCAGGGCCCGGUGUGAACUGUCGCCCGUCAAUGCCUCCCAUCCCAUCCAGGCUUUGAUGGAGAGCUUCACCGUCUUGUCAGGCUGUGCCAGCAGGGGCACCAUGGGGCUGCCGCAGGAAGUGCACGUCCUGAAUCUCCGCCCCGGGGACGAGAAGCUGGACCAGCUGCAGACAGAGGUCACUCUGCACCUGAAUCCCAUUUCCUCAGUCCACAUUCACCACAAGCCUGUUGUGUUCCUGCUCAACUCUCCACAGCCCCUGAUCUGGCAUCUGAAGACAGAGAGGCUUGCGGCUGGGGUUUCCAGACUUUUCUUGGUGUCUGAGGGCUCCAUUGUCCAGUUUUCGUCAGGAAACUUCUCCUUGUCAGCAGAAACAGAAGAAAGGAGCUUCCCCCAUGGAAAUGAACAUCUGUUAAAUUGGGCCCGAAAGGAGUAUGGAGCAGUUACUUCAUUCACAGAACUCAAGAUUGCGAGAAACAUUUAUAUUAAAGUGGGGGAAGAUCAAGUUUUCCCUCCCACAUGCAACAUAGGGAAGAAUUUUCUGUCUCUCAAUUACCUUGCCGAGUACCUUCAGCCCAAAGCGGCAGAAGGGUGUGUGAUGUCCAGCCAGCCCCAGGAUCAAGAAGUACACAUCAUCGAGUUACUCACCCCCAACUCUAACCCCUACAGUGCUUUCCAGGUGGAUAUAAUAAUUGACAUAAGACCUUCUCGAAAGGGUCCUGAAGUGAUCAAAAACCUCGUCCUGAUCUUGAAGUGCAAAAAGUCUGUCAACUGGGUGAUCAAAUCCUUCCAUGUUAAGGGAAAUCUGAGAGUUAUUGCCCCUAACAGUAUUGGCUUUGGGAAAGAGAGUGAAAGAUCCAUGAAAAUGACCAGAUCAAUAAGAGAGGACAUUCCUUCAAACCAAGAGAAUCUGGUCAAGUGGGCUCUGGACAAUGGCUAUAGUCCAGUAACAUCAUACACAAUGGCUCCUGUGGCUAAUAGAUUUCACCUUCGGCUUGAAAACAAUGAGGAGAUGCGAGAUGAGGAAGUCCAUACCAUCCCCCCUGAGCUGCGAAUCCUGUUGGGCACUGACUCCCUGCCUGCCCUGAAGAACCCACCCAUGCAUGGAGGGGAAGGCCGAGACAGAGGUUUUCCCUUCCCUUUCCCCGACGUCUCCAGGAGAGGCCGAAAGGAAGGGGGAGAACAUGGGCUCCCUCGGCCGCGAGACCCCGUCAUCCCCAGCAUACAACUGUUUCCCGGUCCCAGAUUGCCGGAAGAGGUGCAAGGGAGCAUGGGUGUUGCCCUGUCAGUCAAAUGUAGCAAUGAAAAGAUGAUCGUGGCCGUGGAAAAAGAGUCUCUUCAGGCCAGCGGCUACUCAAGGCUGGAGCUCACUCUUUUGGAUCCUACCUGCAAGGCCAAGAUGAAUGGCACCCACUUCAUUUUGGAGUCCCCCUUCAAUGGCUGUGGUACUCAGCACCGGCGGUCAGCACCUGACGGCAUGGUUUACUAUAACUCUAUUGUGAUACAGGUUCCAUCCCCUGUUGAUAGUAGUGGUUGGCCAGAAGGUUAUGAAGAUUUGGAGUCAGGUGAUAACGGAUUUCUGGGAGAUACAGAUGAAGGAGAUACUGCUUUCUUCAGUCGGCCUGAAAUUGUGGUGUUUAAUUGCAGCCUGCGGCAGGUGGGGAACCCUAGUGUCUUCCAGGACCCACCCAAUAGGAACAUCACCUUCAACAUGGAGCUGUACAACACUGAUCUCUUUCUGGUGCCCUCGCAGGGGGUCUUCUCUGUGGCAGAGAAUGGACAUAUUUAUGUUGAGGUGUCUGUUACUAAGGCUGACCAAGAACUGGGAUUUGCCAUCCAUACAUGCUUUGUGUCUCCAUAUUCAAACCCGGAUAGAAUGUCUGAUUACACUAUCAUUGAGAACAUUUGUCCUAAAGAUGAAUCUGUGAAAUUCUACAAUCCCAAGAGAGUGCACUUUCCUGUUCCACAAGCUGAGAUGGAUAAGAAGCGAUUUAGCUUUGUUUUUAAGCCCAUCUUCAACACCUCACUGCUCUUUCUACAGUGUGAACUGACGUUGUGCAGCAAGAAGGAAAAGGGCCCCCAGAAGUUGCCUAAGUGUGUGCCUCCUGAUGAAGCUUGCACCUCGCUGGAUGCCUCGAUGAUCUGGGCCAUGAUGCAAAAUAAGAAGACAUUCACCAAGCCCCUUGCUGUGAUCCACCGUGAAGGCGAAUCUAAAGAAACGGGUCCAAGCAUUAAAGAAUCGCAUCCUAUUCCUCCACCAAUUUUCCAUGGUCUGGACACCCUAACGGUGAUGGGCAUUGCGUUUGCAGCAUUUGUGAUUGGAGCACUCCUGACAGGAGCCUUAUGGUACAUUUAUUCUCACACAGGGGAGACCGCAAGAAGGCAGCAAGUCCCCACCUCCUCUCCAGCCUCGGAGAACAGCAGCGCAGCCCACAGCAUCGGCAGCACGCAGAGCACGCCCUGCUCCAGCAGCAGCACGGCCUAGCCGGGCGCAGCCGUUGCGAAGGGCACGGCCUGGUGACCGAUACCACGUGUCCAGACUUGGAACGCUUGGUUUUGGUUCCCUUGUAAACAGAGAGUGCAUUUCCAUAUAAAAAUCACCUGAUGUAUUCACACAUACACAAAACUCCCCUUCCCCCUGUGCCCAGGGCUGACAUAAACCUGGCCCCUGGGCUUCUAACAAGCUAGAAUCCAUGUGAGAUAACUAAGGUGGUGGCCUUCUCCACCCAUCCCUCACAGGCUUGGGGGUUUUCAAUGUGAAACACUUGCCAGUUCUUAAAAUGCUGCUUUGUCUGGGUAAGAACAUCAAUAAUUUGGAGCCCUGGGUUUUCUCCAGACUCAAGGAGUUGAUAAAAGGUUAACAGCCAGAUAGUAGAACCAGUGAGGAGAUGUGGCCAAAGAUUCUUUUAUAUCUGAACCAAGAUGUAAAGCAAGAGAAAUCCUUUAAGACUUUCCAAGCGUUCCUCUGUGUCUAAUUUGCACCUUCGUCUGGGUGCACACUUACUGAUGUCGUGCCACACCUCGUGGGGUCUGAUGUGUCUACUUGAUGGGUGCUGCCCUCUGGGACUGUAUCCUGACACACAUCAAGGCAACAUUCCUUUCUUGUGCCUUGGGCCAAAACCAAAGCUGAGUAUCUUUUCAGCUCCCUGUUUCUUCCCACACUUGCACACAGACUGCAAUAAUGUCUUAAUGCAAAAUUUGCGUUUCUUUAUAGGCAUGUAAAAAUUGAAAAUGGUCAAAUUCUGGGACUAUGGAUUUGUGCCCAUCUUUGACAUUUUGUUCCAAUAGAUUAGUGUAUAAAUAGGGGAAAGAUUCAGUUGUAGAGUUGAGGAGAAAUUUGCUUGGUGAUUUAUGUAUAUGUGUGUGCAAGUAUAUAAUGUCAUAUGGCACAUUGAUUUUCUCAGUUGAAGAAGAAAACAAUCAUUCCCUUUUUGAAAAUGUCCUGUGUUUUCAAAAUUGAAACUUAUUCUUAAAUAUAUUUGGUAGAAUGAGUAUUUCCACUCAAAACAUGUCAACCUGUUUAAUAGACCCUUUUGUAAAACCCAAACUCUCUUAAGAGCAAAUGCAAGGCAGAUCCUGUUGGAUUCCAGUUUGUUAUCUGAACAGUGUCACCCGUUCUGCCAAGAAAGUGCUGCGAUAUGGAAAAGGGUUGUUUUAGUUUUUUUGCUUUAAAUAUAUCCAAAACUCAAAAGGGAUUUGGUGAAUUUCAUUAAAUGGAAUAAGUGAUGCCAUGUUGUAGCUAAAAUAAGCUCAACUGAUGCCUCUAUGUUAAAAAGGAGUGCCAGGGAAAAUUUUCUACACCAGAUUAUUUACUGAUGAGGAUUAUUAAAUUGCUUCAUUGCAAAUCAAACAUUACUCUUUUUCCAGAAUUCCCCUCAAACAAUUCAGAAUUCUACAAGUAGAACAGACUAGUUUCUAUCCCUAAAUAUAUAUUCAUAAGCAAAUCUGUCUGUCCUUAAACUAAGAAGCUGUGCCCAGUUGAGGACACUCAAGACCUAAGGGCAGGGUCUACAUGGCAAACAUGUCUAUCAUUACUCAAUCAUUGCGUAAUAAUCUGAUUGAUUUGAUGGGUGUAGACAUUGAGUAAUACUCAGGAUAAUUUUAACCAAAACAGAUUACUUUAGGGCUGAGGUUCCUAGAUUAUCUAAAAUUUUGCAAAUAUUAACCCUCGAUGUGUGUGAAAUGUAACAUUAGAGGAAAAUGUUACAUUUUCCCUUGGUUAAUUUUUUUUUUAACGUAAAGGUAUCAGAGUGAAGAACCUAAAUUACGCUACCUGUGUUUAAAAAUAAUGCGCUUUGCCUAACCUUCAGCAGAAUGUAUUGUUUUAGCAUAUUCUAUGUAUAAAAAAAGUUUAAAGAUGUCUUCAGAGAAGACUAGAGUCUUUAAGUCACUUACAGCUAUAUUUUACUACAAAAAUUUUGUGUAUAAAGAUAUAUUUAAGUGUUUUAGAUAAAUUUAAGUUACUCUGUAUGAAAUGUUUAAUUUCAGUUAACUGUGAAUUCUUUUGAUCAGUUCAUUGCUUUAAAAAAGAAAACCCUAUCUUGUUAAAAAGAAAAUUAGUUAUUAGGAAUUAUUAAAAGAUCGAUUUCUUAGGAUGAAAGCUUUUGUAAUAUAUUUAAAUGUAUAUUUUUGAGAGAGAUGCUACAUUACCAAUGAUUUUAUGAAGAAUUUUAAAUGAAUUUUAAAAUUUAUAGUUGUAAACCAAAAGAUUUUUCUAAAAAAAAAUCACCUUUUAUUUCUGAUAUAUUUGAGAAAAUUUAUGUGGGUAUAUUUUUCAGAAGUAUUAUUCAAAUCAAGAAAUCUAUGUUGAUGAAACCUGAUCCCACAUUAAUUGGAUAGCUAACAUCAUUAAAUAUUUCUGAAGUGUUUUAAAAAACACUUAAAAAAAAAAAGCCUUUAAGGAACUCUGCUCCCUGUCUUACCUUCAGGUGAGAAAUGAAGAUUAAGAAAGGAGGUUCUUCCUAGAUUCUUGUUACAGCAUUUCUGAUUGCUUUAUGCAUCACAGUUUUAAUACAGAUUACAAGCUCUACUCUUAUAACAUGUUCUGCAAGUUUCCUUAAAACAGUUGUUAUAUUCCAGUUGAACUCUUCUUUCUGCAGAGUCUUUUGUUAUUUCUGCAGGCCAAACCCUUAAUACACAGAGGCCUUUUUGUUUGGUUUUGUUUUUAAUGUUAAAGCAGUAUCUUGAAAUGCUCUAAACUCCAAGGCAGACUUGUCUGUGUAAUAUCCUAUAGCUCCUCUGCCGUGUGGUGUGUACUGGCUGUUACUCUGUAUUUUAAAAAGCCAGAGAUUUCUUCAGUGUAAGCUGUUCCUAAAGCAUUUUCUAAACAACAACAAAAAAUGGUCUUUUCCAUGUCUGGUAACAAGAUUGUAAAUCCGUUUCUGGCAUGUGUUCUGAGUGGGCAUGAUUGUAUGUGGGCAUGCGCUCCCGUGUGCCGGUCAUUUGGCAAUGUAACUACCUCAUGGUUUGAAUGAUGAUCGUGCUGCUGGUUGUGUUAACAGAGCACAUUUUGUUGGGCGAGUUGUGUAUGUGAUUUGUCCUGUUUUAUCUAGGGGUUGUUCAUAAACUGACAGAUGUUUUUCUAAAAAGGACUUUAAUCAGUUUCCAAAUACAAUACUUCUCUCUUCUGGUUUUUCCUGAAUGAGCCUGAUUUUGUUGCUGUUUUUCAUCAUAUAUGGGGUAAAAAGAGUACCCUUAAAAUCCCUGUGGCCAGUUUGAACACCCCUAUUAUGUUCUUUUCUCUACUCAUUGUGUCAGCAAUUUUGUGAACCUGCUUGGAUGUACAGUUUUGAUAACCAGAGUUUUAAAUCCUUUAUCUGUGCAUAAUAAAGAUACCUAUAUAUAUAUCAAUUAUUAA